UAACCGAUUCUUAAUAAAAUAUUUCAGAAAAAAAAUGAUGGAUCUCAUACUAAGUAAUCUAACUUAUGAAACAGUGUUUUUGGGACUUCUUGCCUCCUUAGUUUUCACGAUUCUCCUCUAUCUAAUUGUGUCCGGUCUAUUCUCAAGUAUAAACAUUGAAACUAAAGAGUUCAAGUACGGACCAAUGGUGAUAGCGUACAAAACUCGGACCGGAGCUUACAAGCAGGCUGGAGAACUGUUUACUGAAAGCUACUGCUUAGUUCCAACCAGGGAACAGAUAGGGAUAUAUUAUGAUGAUCCGGAGACUGUGCCGGAAUCAGAUCUCAGGUUUGCAGUCGGACCGAUCCUUAGUCACGGAGACGAUCCGCCGAGUAGGAAGGAAAUGGAGUUGUUAAUCUCUCAUGGUUUCAAGAUAUUCCAUGUUCCUAAAGCGCAUUUCGUUGUAACUACUACGUUUCCAUUCAGAACAACCCUUUCCAUCUACAUGGCCAUUUUCCGUAUUUACCCAAAAUUGCGAAAAUACAUUUCGGAAAGAAACCUGUGUGCGUAUCCUGCUAUCGAGGUUUACACAGACUCCGAGAUUAUAUUUCUGAUGCCCUUGAGUAGACAGGAGGAAUUUUUUAUUCCGGAGGUUAUGGAAGAAGACAUCUCCGUGGCUACAACCGAUAUGGGCAGUGUAAUUGGUGACCGAGAUACGGUAUCCAAGGACGAUGAUCUCUUCUUAAAACCUCGAACCCCGCUCAGGAUAACGAAACCCAGACUAUCUCUUGAAGACGUAAACGAAAGUGAAACCUCGGAUGAAGACAAGGUUGAUAACUCAGAACCCGAAGAGGGUUCUACCACUUCCAGCUUUGACGAUCUAGCAAACGAUUCAGAGACAAAAUCGCGAGCCAGUUAAACUUUUGUAUUUGUUUUGUUCAGUAUUUAAUGUGAUAAAAGUUCAAAGAUGAUUCAUGCUAAUUUAAUGUGAUUCUUUCAG